AUGUAUGCGUCAGAAACCUGGUCGUUGCGUAAGCAGGAUGAUAGAUCGCUCAGUGUUAUCGAACGCGCAGUCGCAAGGGCGUUGUUAGGAGUAUCCCGUUCCAUACAAGUUAGGGAUGGGAUCCGAAACUCCGAUCUGCGUCAACGAUCAAAAACCAAAGAUGCCGUUCUGUACGCCAAACAGUCGAAGAUAAGGUGGGCCGGACAUGUAAUGCGUAUGAAUGACAACCGAUGGGCAAGAGCCGUUAGUGACUGGAUUCCUCGGGAUGUCAAACGUACUGCAGGAAGACCACUGACCCGAUGGUCAGAGUUCCUCACAAAGAGCCCUGAAGAAAGAUAUGAUGCUCGACGAGACCCUAGAGCGAGCAGAACCCACUGGGCUACUCUUGCAUGA